ACGCACUUAAGAGAAAUAAUUAAUUAAGAACCAUUUGAACAUAAUUACUGAUCAGAGUCAGGUUAAAAUCGAAAUUAAUCGAGACGAGCGAGGGGGAGGUGAAGAUGGAGGGGUGUGAAAUGUUCUUGGAGAUAUUGGUUGCCAUAUUGCUUCCUCCUUUGGGAGUUUUCUUUAGACACGGCUGUUGCAGCUGUGAAUUGUUGAUAUGCUUGAUACUAACCUUAUUAGGUUAUGUUCCCGGAAUAGUGUAUGCAAUCUACGCUAUUGUUGUUCGCCAUGGCGGCCAUGAACAAGAUGAUGAUCUUCAUCAAUGGCGUCGUCCUCUCAAUGCAUAGCUUAAUUCAUUCUUUUAUUCUAUUUUCUUUCUUAUGAAAUAGAAUACUAUUCUCCUUUAGUUUGUUGAUACUAUAUUGAGUUGGUAAAUAGGUAAUUUACCUAAAUAGGACUAAAACAUAAUAACUUUCUCAAUAUAGAACAAUAUAUUUUUAUUUCACAAUGUAGGACCAUUGAUGAUUAUCAGUUAGUCAUUAUUCAACUAAAUGUCCAGCAUCACUUGAAUAUUAUUCUUCUCACUAGUCAUUAUUAAAUUUUAUUUAAUAAAUGCAAAAGUUUAAG